UAGAUUUUACAUAGAUUCGCCAGAGGUGAUAUCAUAACAGCUGUUCCAUAAUGUCUUCUACGAGAUCAGGUCCAACAGUGGGUAGUUGUAGAGUUGCAGGAGAUAAUCGAGCCACAUUCCAACCGCUUCCCAAUCCUACAACAAAUUUGCAAGGGGAUGAGAUCAAGCCACUAUCAGGAAAACCAUACUAUCAUGUGGUUCUUUCCAAAACACAUCUUAGUACCCGUUAUGUGAUGGGGCCAUCAAACAACUUAUUCUCAAAACUUCCUUCUCAUGCGGUCCCUGCUGUUCUCAACUAUCGGGGCAAGAGCUGGGACAUGAUGUAUAAUGGACAAAACACACCUCCCAAGAGGUUUACUUCUGAUGGCUGGAGAAAUUUUGCUGAUGAUAAUUGUUUGAAGGUUGGAGAUGCAUGCAUUUUUGAGCUCAUGGAAAACAGUAAAGAGAAAAUCAUCUUUGAAGUUCAAAUUCUUAGAGGUGACAUACCAUCCAAAUUUCUUGAAAAUGAAAUGAUCUUUGGUCAGAAUGCAGAAGUGCCAAUUGUCAUUGACUAGUAUUAUGAUGCAUUUCAUUUCCCUUCUCUUUCUGAAACUAGCAGUCUAGCAGAAGCUAACCUUGUGGGAUUGAAAACCACCUUUGUAAGAUGGUUCACGGUUUUAGGAAUAGUAGAGUUAAGAAUAGAUUUUGUCCCUGCUGCAGCUUGUUAAGAAUAGUAGAGUUAUCUCCUAUGCUCCACAUCAACAUGCUAGCUAAAUGCCAGUUGAAUUUUAUUUUUGUCAAAGAAACAUAUUAUAAAUCUCCCAAUAACAUUUUGAUU